AGAAGACUUCUGGAACAUCUGUGAAGUACAUCAUUGGUGUUUGUGUGGACAUCUUCAGAUGACUCGUGUGGACGUGUCCUGCUGAGAUUAUCUGGCCCGCUUUGAGAGAGGAAGUCCUCGCUGCAGCUCACACACACAAGCAGAAGAUGCCGGCAGCAGUGGGCGGUCCUGUGGGCUACACCCCCCCUGAGGGAGGCUGGGGCUGGAUGGUGGUGAUCGGAGCCUUCAUCUCCAUCGGCUUCUCCUACGCCUUCCCCAAGUCCAUCACCGUCUUCUUCAAAGAGAUCGAGGCCAUCUUCGACGUGACCAGCAGCCAAGUCUCCUGGAUCUCCUCCAUCAUGCUGGCAGUCACUUACGGAGGAGGUCCCAUCAGCAGCAUCCUGGUCAACAAGUACGGGAGUCGGCGUGUGAUGAUGCUGGGAGGAUGUCUGUCCGGUCUGGGUCUGGUUGCCGCCUCCUUCUGCAACUCCGUGCAAGCCUUGUACUUGUGCAUCGGUGUGGUGGGAGGACUGGGAUUGUCCUUCAACCUCAACCCCGCCCUCACCAUGAUCGGGAAAUACUUCUACAACCGGCGACCCAUCGCCAACGGCAUCGCCAUGGCCGGCAGUCCGGUCUUCCUCUCCACGCUGGCCCCUCUCAACACAUGGUUCUAUGACCGCUUCGGCUGGAGAGGAAGCUUCCUCAUCCUGGGCGGCCUGCUGCUCAACUGCUGCGUGGCCGGGUCCCUCAUGAGGCCCAUCGGACCCAAGGCCAAGCCCGCCGAGAAGACCACGGGGAGGUCGGGCUGCUCGCAGAUCCUGAACAGCUUCAUUGACCUGUCCUUGUUCAAGCACCGCGGCUUCCUGCUCUACAUCUCGGGCAAUAUUAUUAUGUUCUUUGGUCUUUUUGCUCCGCUGGUGUUCCUCAGUAACUUUGCAAAGAGCAAGGAGAUCCCAAAAGAGAAAGCAGCGUUCCUGCUGUCAGUUCUGGCCUUUGUUGACAUGGUGGCCCGGCCCUCCAUGGGCAUUGUAGCCAACACCAAGUGGGUCCGGCCCAGGAUUCAGUAUUUCUUUGCCGCCUCUGUGCUGUACAACGGCGUGUGCCACGUCCUGGCCCCCAUGUCCGUGGACUACAAAGGCUUUGUCAUCUACUCCAUCUUCUUUGGCUUUGCUUUCGGCUGGCUGAGCUCCGUGUUGUUCGAGACCUUGAUGGACCUGGUGGGAGCCCAACGCUUUUCCAGCGCCGUGGGCCUGGUGACCAUCAUCGAAUGUGGACCCGUGCUGCUCGGCCCGCCUCUGCUAGGCAAGUUCAAGGACGUCUACCACGACUACAAGUACACCUACCAGGGCUGCGGGAUCCUCCUCAUCGUCUCCAGCUUCUUCCUCUUCAUGGGGAUGGGCCUCAACUAUCGUCUGCUGAGGAAGGAGAAACAAGAGGAGGAGCGGCUGGCCAGAGCAGGACAUCCCAAGUCCUCCAGGGUGGUGGAAGCCAGAAGCACCGACACCGUCUGAGCGUUUGCUCCUGACUCCCACCUUCUAGAACCUUUAUACUCUUCCUCACACGCACUUAAACAUGUAUAUUCUACUACGUCUUUGGUUUGCAAUCACUUUAACACACUAGAUAAAUUGAUAUUCAAUAUAUUGUUUACUCUCCCAAACAUACACAGAGUGUGUGUAUUUCUGUAAAGACUACACAUUCUCAAUAUAAACAUGACUAAUUAUUUCCUCUUGUUUGUCUGCAUCAGCGUCCAUCAAACUGCUGACUCAGCCAUUUAUGACAGGUUGAUAAUUGCAACAUUUAUGUAUUCUUGUUCAUGGAAAAUAUAUUGACAAGUUCUAAAGAAUAUUAAAGUUUUUCCUUGCCCUUAUGUGGGCUCUGAACCGGGGAUGUCGUUGUGGCUUGUGCAGCCC